AUGCCCAGACAGCAGGCUUCACUGAAGCCGAUGUUUGGCGCUGGACAGCAGUCGUCAUCAAACACUCAGCAGCCAGCGGGUGUCAACGUUGCGCUUGAAGCGGGCAGUGAAUGGGAAGUCAGAAAGGUCGGACCGCUGGAUUAUCUGGGUCGAGUGGCAAAAAUGGCCGGCAAGGUAGACUGGCUGGAAUUGGCUGGUGCGGAUGCCACAUUUGGUAAUCCAGAUUCUCUGCCGCGUGACAAUGAUGGUGACGACGAUGGUGAUGACGCUGACGAAGAGAUGGAAUUAGACGAAGUAGAAAAUGUGGUUGUUGGCAUGGAAGAUCGGAAGACGCCUGAAGCUGGGCCAUGGCAUGGUGUUGCCAAAUAUUAUCACCAUUCUCUCCAGCAAGUGAACACGCUGGCAGACAUGGUGGCGAUUCUGAAGACAUCUGGUAUGGAAGCAUUAACAGUCGCAGACACAUUCGAAGUUCAGCACAAUAUGCAGGAUAUGAUACAGCAGUCCAAGCAAUUCCAGUGGGUCACCAGACGUAAAGGGCUUGGUGAAGCGGUUGCCGUCUUCGAAUAUGGGCAGAAAAUGCGCGCGAAGAUAUCUGCAGAAAACGAUAUCGAGAAGGAGCUGUUUUUUCGUGAGCUGAGGAAAAUGCGGGAGUUCUGGCGAGUUCGCAAAACCGGCGAUAUAAUGUAUGGCGAUCUCGGCUAUAAAAUAUUUGGCUCAAAGUACAAGCCGAGGGAUUUAUUUGAUAUCAGGCAACGUGCUGGAAUCUCCUCAUCAGCAGGUAGUGAUAGCAUAGGCGCCACCUCAUUGUCGACUGCUGAUUCGUACCUUCAAAUUCAACUGCCGUGCCACUUACUGCGACGUGCAUCGGUUGCUGUUUCCAUCGAAACUGAUGGCGAUGAUCCAAAGGAUUUAUUCGCAACAUCAGAGAAUGAGUUGGAUUGUUUGAAACUUUGUCAAGAAAAAGCAUCCGAAGUCCCAUGGCCUAAAGCGCUGAACUGGGCGCAGGAAAAUUUGGUUUGUAAGGACAUUUUCAAACAGGUGUUAUUUCAUGCGGUCGUAUUGAAGAAGCAUGUUGCAGUGGUUCGUGGUGAAGUGCUGGUUGUUUCUUUGUUGGAUAAGGUGUUGUUGCGGGUGGAGUUAGCCUAUCAUCCUUUCGAAGAUGGUCCAUUGCCAGCGGCUGGCGAUGCAUACUUGAACCGGACCCUUCGGCAUUUGUAUUUCAAUGACCUAUGUGUCCGUGAUGCUCGUCAGCAGACAUUUGUGGCAAUGCCCCUUACCACACUGCCCGAUACGCUAGAUCUGAGGGGACCCUAUGCAAUGAAUGAUGAGGAGGUAAUACAGUCGAGUUUAAAUUUUAGUUUUCUUUGGACGUAA